GACCAGAGACCGGACCAGGGACUGGACAAGAGACCGGACCAGGGACUGGACCAGAGACUGGACCAGGGACAGCCGGCUCAGUUUCCUGUCUGUUUGGACCACAGCGCCAGUGCGAGGCUGAUGUUGAUGGUCGCGCAGACUGGUUACGAUGCAGGAACUGUUUAAGAACUAAUUACAGCACCACCUCAUGGACAUGAUACACACCUACACUGGGCUCCAUAUGUUGGUCACCAUGACAACAGACAGCUGUUCGGUGACGGGAGUUGAACGUUUUUCUUUUUUUCGCGAACACUGGGUUCACGUCGGACGUCAUUUUCCUCAGUUGUCGUUAUUUUUAGCGAAUUUACCAUUUUAUGGACCUGGUUGUCGUUUAGUUAAAUAUUCCUGUAGCUUAUUAUGCUAACUGAAUCAUUUGAACGACUUCCUUUUAUCUGUUCUUCUGUCGAUCAUCUGAUACGACGAGGUCACUGUUAGCUGACGUUAGCUACGGUAGAGUCGGACGAUCUCUGGGGAUUUUUAGUUUCCGUGAAUCAAACUGAACUAAAAAAUAAAUCAAGACUUCAGUUAUUCACCAAAAUGUUUCUGACCAAUCAGAAGAAGAAACACCUGGUCCUCAUCAUGUACACCAUGUAGUACUACUAGUACUACUACUACUACUACUACUACAUUGUACUAACAAAUAAACCCUACUGUGACCCUGACUCUGUGAGUUCAUCAUCAAACACGAUCACAUUCACUGUUAAAAACACAGACGUUUGUUCGGGUCAAAGGUCAAACCCUGACAUCCGAUCUAAUCCGACCUCAUCUUCAUCUGCUCUAAUCGAAUUAUUCGAAUUUCUCUUUUUUCACUCAGUGAAGUUUGAUCGUCUGAGCUGCACUUGUCAUACACACCUACAGGUGGCGGUGAUGGACCGAGGCGCCGUUUAUCAACAGUCAGUGAAAGAGGAGGAAGAGAAGAAGAAAAUGAGCUAAAAGGAAAGUGCCGAGUUCGGAUUCUUUUCUGUGAUUUCGGGACAGAAACAGCGUAAAAAAAACGUUUGCCGUCGCGGUGGGCUUUAGCUUAGCAUCGUUAGCCGCGCAGCUUCUAAAAUCAUUCAUUUCCUUUUCUACAGUUAGCUUGUAGCCGCCGGUGCCGCCUGUCUCGCGGUGUUAGCCUCCAGCUCCCGUUAGCCGUUCGUUUGUUUUCAUCCUCGUCAUGUCAAAGGUGCAGAUGCUGAAAGCUAGUGUAGAGCAGCGCCUCACUGCGGCCGCGGAGCAGAUCUUCGAGCUGUUCGAAAGAACCAUAGCGGAGUACGAGGAGGAGCUGAGUCGCUCCAAGCAGGAGAACCGGCGGCAACAGAAACUUCUGGAAGCCGUUUACAAGCCGGAGGUUCGGCUGUUCACUGAAGAUGUUCUCCAGCUGUCCACGGUCAAAGACGAGGUUCCACCUGAGCUGCAGGAGUCCAGACCCACUGAGGGCCAGGAGGAACCACGGCACGGCGGCAUCAAGGAGGAGCAGGAGGAGGAGGGGGUGUGGACCAAUGAGGAGGAGGCGGCUGUUGGAGGCGUGUCUGCAGAGAAGGUCAGUGAGGAGAAGAACCCUGGCUCCUGCCGUCCACCUCAUCUUCAGGACAAGGAGGACGGCUCGGGUCCUGGACCCUCCAGGGACCCCGGUCCAGAUGGACCUGAGGACCAUCAGGACGGUCCCGGGGAGACCGUUGGCAGGAAGUUGUCGUGUUCUGAGUGCGGGAAAACAUUCUCCUACAAGUCGGAUCUGCUGAGACACGUGGUCAGUCAUUCAGGAGAGAAACCGUUCCACUGCUCCCAAUGUGACAAACGUUUUGCGACUGGUGGGAGUCUGAGACAACACGAAAAAAAGCACAUGGGAGAAAAACCAUUUGGUUGCUCAGAGUGCGGUAAAAGGUUUAGCUCCAGGUCCAAGUUGUUGCAACACAUGGCCGAUCACACGGGAGAGAUACCGUUUAGUUGCUCAUUGUGUGAGAAAAAAUUUCCAACAAACUGGAGUCUGAAGAAGCACAUGAUUGGCCACAACGGGGUGAAGUCACACGGUUGCUCUCAGUGUGGGAAAACCUUUUUCUGGGUUUCACUGUUGAGGAGACACCAGCUGACCCAUUCUGGAGAGAAACCUUUCAGUUGCACUGUGUGUGGGAAAAGAUUCAUCUCCAAGAAGAACGUGGAGAACCAUGAGAAAAUACACACCGGAAAUCAACCGUUCAGUUGCUCCGUGUGUGGGAGAAAAUUUACCUACAAGGGGAGCAUGAAGGACCACGAAAAAAUACAUACUGAAGAGAAACCGUUCAGUUGCUCUGUGUGUGGCAAAGAUUUCGCCCGUGCACGUUUUCUCAAAAAACAUGAAAAGAUCCACUCACGUGAAAAACCAUUCAGUUGCGGUACGUGUGGGAAAAGUUUUGCUGUAAAGGGCAGUCUGACAGCACACGAGAAAAUCCAUACUGGAGUGAAACCAUUCAGCUGCUCACAGUGUGGGAAAACCUUCUUCUUGUCUUCAAGUUUGAGGAAACACGAGAGAAUUCACACUUGAAAAAAUCUGACAGUGAAGAACUGGACCAGGACCAGGACCUGGACCAGGACCUGGACCAGGACCUGGUCCACCUCAUGGAGAUUAUACACAUCAUUCUUUACUAACUGGACUGAGUUUCUGUGAAUUAAACUAAAAAAUAAAUCAAAUGUUGUCAAACAAAUAAACCCUCCUG